GUUCAAUUAAAAUUAAGCCAACUUUUAUUUAUCAAUUCAAAAAUCCUCGUAUUCUUCAAGGUGUGAAUAAAGAUGAACUUCCUGUAUUUUAUUACAAUAAUUCAACUGCCUGGAUGACUUCUUUAAUUUGGAAUGAAUUUUUAACUCAAUUAAAUCAGCAAAUGGUUAAUGAAAAUAGGUUUAUUAUUUUGCUUUAUGAUCAAGCAUCG